GGGGUUAAAAUGAAUGAAGACCUGAAGGUCAAUGGAAGCCGGCCGCCUCGGGACUAUUUAGAUGCCGGUGCUGCGGUGAACGUCUCGGCUGCCGUCUCCUCCCAGGGUCCCGUGGUCGAGCCCGAGCCGGAGCUCGUCGUCAACCCCUGGGACAUUGUCCUGUGUACCUCGGGAACCCUCAUCUCCUGUGAAAAUGCCAUCGUGGUCCUUAUCAUCUUCCAUAACCCCAGCCUGCGGGCACCCAUGUUCCUGCUGAUAGGCAGCCUGGCUCUGGCAGACCUGCUGGCGGGCAUCGGACUCAUCAUCAACUUCGUUUUUGCCUACCUGCUUCAGUCAGAAGCCACCAAGCUGGUCACCAUCGGGCUCAUUGUGGCCUCCUUCUCGGCCUCCGUCUGCAGCUUGCUGGCCAUCACCGUGGACCGGUACCUCUCCCUGUAUUACGCGCUGACCUACCACUCGGAGAGGACGGUCACCUUCACCUAUGUCAUGCUCGUCAUGCUCUGGGGCACGUCCAUCUGCCUGGGACUGCUGCCCGUCCUGGGCUGGAACUGCCUCCGGGACGAGUCCACCUGCAGCGUGGUCAGACCCCUCACCAAGAACAACGCGGCCAUCCUCUCCAUCUCUUUCCUCUUCAUGUUCGCCUUCAUGCUGCAGCUCUACAUCCAGAUCUGUAAGAUUGUGAUGCGGCAUGCCCAUCAGAUAGCCCUGCAGCACCACUUCCUGGCCACCUCGCACUACGUGACCACCCGGAAGGGGGUCUCGACGCUGGCCAUCAUCCUGGGGACCUUCGCUGCCUGCUGGAUGCCUUUCACCCUCUAUUCCUUGAUAGCUGACUACACCUACCCGUCCAUCUACACCUACGCCACCCUCCUGCCCGCCACCUACAACUCCAUCAUCAACCCUGUCAUAUACGCUUUCAGAAACCAAGAGAUCCAGAAAGCGCUCUGCCUCAUUUGCUGCGGCUGCAUCCCGUCCAGCCUCUCCCAGAGAGCGCGGUCGCCCAGUGAUGUGUAGCAGCCCCGCGCUCAGGAGGAUCCGGCGUUUACCAAGCGCUCCCACUGCCCGGGCAAACAGUUGAGAUGCUUUCCUCGAAUUCCUUCUGCCGGCUUCUCUCUCCAGCCACCAGGAGCACUUAACAUUGGAGAAGCGUUCAUUUG